GCACCUCCCUGUCCGGGCGCGGGCGGGUGACGCAAGCGGAAGGAAUCGUCACUGUCCGGUGAGGCUGAGGCGGUGCCGCCCGGCGAGAAGCAAAGGAGCUCUUGGUAAAACAUGUCGUGGAUCAGAGAAGGCGAGCUGACCAUCAUAGAGAGAUUUUGUGCCAACAUCAUUAAGGCAGGUCCGAUGCCCAAGCAUGUCGCCUUCAUCAUGGAUGGCAAUCGCCGUUAUGCCCAAAAGUGCCACGUGGAGAGACAGCAGGGACAUUCGCAAGGCUUUGAGAAGCUGGCGCAGACACUAAGGUGGUGCUUAAAUCUGGGCAUUCGGGAGGUCACUGUUUAUGCCUUUAGUAUUGAGAACUUUAAACGUUCCAAGGAAGAGGUGGAUGGACUAAUGGAUCUGGCAAGACAGAAAUUCAGCCGCCUACUGGAAGAACAGGAGAGUCUGAAGAAGCACGGCGUGUGUAUCCGUGUCCUUGGGGACCUGCCGCUUCUGCCCUUGGAUAUUCAGGAGCUGAUUGCCCAAGCUGUGCUGGCAACUAGGAACUACAACAAAUGCUUUCUGAAUGUCUGCUUUGCGUACACAUCGAGACAUGAGAUCAGCAGCGCUGUGAGGGAGAUGGCGUGGGGAGUGGAACAGGGGCUGCUCGAACCCAGUGAUGUGUCUGAAUCGUUGCUCGAUAAGUGUCUGUACACCAACAACUCCCCUGACCCAGACCUCCUGAUUCGAACCUCUGGAGAGGUUCGGUUGAGUGAUUUCUUGCUCUGGCAGACAUCCCAUUCCUGCCUGGUGUUUCAGUCGGUCUUGUGGCCAGAAUAUUCCUUCUGGAACCUGUGCGAGGCCAUCCUUCGCUUCCAGAUGAACUACAGCGCUUUGCAGAAGGCGAGAGACUCCUACAUGGAGGAAAGAAGGCGACAAGAGGUGGAAAGGGAUCAGGAUUACGUGACAAAGAAGCUGCAGCAGGAAGGGUUUGCGUCCCACGGAGACUCUCGGCGCCGACGGACACUGUUGCAGAAAUGCACUGCCAUGCGGGAAGAGAGAAUCCAGGGCUUCCUACAAGCACUAGAGCACAAGAGAGCGGACUUCUUUGAGAGAUUGUGUCCGGUGUCCGCGUGACACGGGUGCUGGGGUCUUGGGAAGACAACUUUUAGCCAUGUGAGAGGGAACGGCUGCAGCCCAGAGGGGUUCGCUCGGUGUGGUGCUGGGCUGCUCUAGGACUUCACGUCCCCGCUGGCCCUGUCCGAGGGUACUGUGAACCUUUCUAGUUCUGUGAAUGCUGCUGAGGAAGGAAAUGCCGUCCGUCUGUCUCACCUUCCUGCCCUGACGAUGGAGAACACACACACUCCUCCAUAUCUCCGCUGCUCGGUACUUGGCUGAGACAAGAAGUGACCUAAAAUGAGCCUCCAGUUCUGUUUGACUCCUUGUGAACUGCCCCAGGCACAUGAUUCUGUCCUAUUAAAUCAGUCUGGACUUGAAUUCUCCCCAGGGCUUUGCAGCAGCAAAUCUCCUGUCGAGGUUUCCUGUGCUGUCCUGUAUGGGAUCCUCACUUUCCAGAGGGAGAGGAUUAUUCCUGGUGAGAAAGGGAGCCCCGUGCUGAGCAAUGGCAGAGAUAUUCCCCGCUGCCCUGCUUAGCGACAGCAUCUUGGCUUUUCCCCACUUCGCCUGAUGCGAUGUAUCUGCUCUUGGCUUCCAAAGAGCUAAAACAAGGUGUUGUCAGCCUUGAUGUAAAGAAAAAAUAACUCAAAAGUUUCACCAGGCCCUGUGAUCCCUUCUGAGCGCUGUAUGUGGGGAAAACCCAAAUGCUGAAGAUGUUGGCACAAACUCUGCUUAGGAAAAAGUCUCUGAGCCAGCAAGGAAAAGUAUUGGUUGGGAAUUAACUUUGUGGCUUAAAAAGAAAUUAGUUAAACCCAGGAGUGCAGUGGCCACAACCGGUGUGAUCCCAACGGCAACCGGUGUGAUCCCAACGGCAACCGGUGUGAUCCCAACGGCAACCGGUGUGAUCCCAACGGCAACCGGUGUGAUCCCAGCCGCAACCAGUGUGAUCCCAACGGCAACCAGUGUGAUCCCAGCCGCAACCGGUGUGAUCCCAACGGCAACCGGUGUGAUCCCAACGGCAACCGGCGUGAUCCCAGCCGCAACCGGCGUGAUCCCAGCCGCAACCGGCGUGAUCCCAACGGCAACCGGUGUGAUCCCAGCUGCAACCGGUGUGAUCCCAGCCGCAACCAGUGUGAUCCCAACGGCAACCGGUGUGAUCCCAACGGCAACCGGCGUGAUCCCAGCCGCAACCGGCGUGAUCCCAGCCGCAACCGGUGUGAUCCCAUCCGCAACCGGUGUGAUCCCAACGGCAACCGGCGUGAUCCCAGCCGCAACCGGCGUGAUCCCAGCCGCAACCGGUGUGAUCCCAUCCGCAACCGGUGUGAUCCCAUCCGCAACCGGUGUGAUCCCAGCCGCAACCGGCGUGAUCCCAACCACAACCAGUGUGAUCCCGGCCAAAAUGGGGCUGUUGACGUGACUGUACUGGGAGCGGCUGGAGCAGCUGGGGAGGGUUUGUUCUGUUUUCCGUCGGCAGGGAGGUGGACUAGCUAAUUUCCAAGGUUGUUUCUGUCUUUUAAUUUCUUAUGUUUUCCGUCCUCAUGGUCAAAAUAAGAUAAAACAUCUUGAUUUUUGUUUCCAAUGCAGGCGCAGCAGCACCAGCUGUUGCUGGUUUUUUAAAUCCUCCUUUUUCCCUCCAGGUGAAAACUAGAAAAUGCAGAUGUAAAGGACUUUGUACUUGCUGAAAACUCAGCGUUUUCAAUGAUAUUGUGAAGAGGAUAAAGACAUUAUCAAAUCCCGAAUAAAAAUAUUCAUCCAUCCUUA